AUGAUCUUUCGAUUCUAUUGUCGAACUUUAUUGUCACUCGCAAUCAUGGCCGCAUGCGACAGUGUUGAUGUCCAAAAAGUCGUCGCUGACCGCCACAUUGGGUUCCUUGGCUCUGGACUGAUGGCUCAAGGGAUUAUCAGGGGUCUUCUUAAUUCUGGUCUCAUCAAAGGGUCUCAGGUUACGAUGACUGACAAGGUGAAACCAGGACAGCCAGCCUUUAAAUCCCUCGAAGACAUUAUAGAAAAAUUCGGUGUUGAAUACCUCACCGAGAACGUUCCAAUGGCUGCCAAGAGUGAUGUCAUUUUCCUAUGUGUGAAGCCGAACAUGGUUCAGAUAGUGCUGAGUGAAUGCGCCGGCGUGAUGGCUGACAAGCUAGUCGUCUCGAUUGCCGCUGGCAUCACAAUUGAAAAUCUAGAGGAGGCCCUACCGAUAGGCACUCGCGUCAUCCGAGUGAUGCCCAAUAUGCCCUGUUUGGUUCAGCAGGGCGCAGGCAUCUUCGCUCGCGGCCAUUGUGCUAGUGAUGCGGACGUCCACCUCAUGAAGACCCUCCUCUCUGUUAUCAUUCCUGUUCUUGAGGAGAUCCCCCAGUACCAAUUCAACGCUGCCACUGCGCUCUCCGGUUGUGGGCCUGCCUACGUCUGUCUAGUGAUUGAGAGCCUCGCUGACGGAGCUGUGCGUCUUGGCAUGACACGUGACAUGGCCCACCGACUGGCUGUGCAAACGGUUCUCGGUACAGCAAUGUUGGCUCGCGACUCUGGACUCCACCCGGCUCAAUUGAGGGAUCAAAUAUGCUCUCCAGGUGGUAGCACCAUCGCGGGGACCUUUGCUUUGGAGAAAGCCGGUGUACGUGCUGCUUUCAGUGCCUGUGUCGAAGCCGCCAAAAUCCGUAACGAUGAAUUAGGCGUUCCAAGGAAGUAG